GCAGGACAGGUAGCCGAGUAGCCGCGCCGUGGCCCGCUGGCGCUCACUCGCUCAGUCCUCAGUGAAGGCUUGAUGAGUGCGGGUGUUGCGGCUCGGGUGGCAACGUUGUGUACUGGGAAACUUUGGAGACGAUAAAGUUAUUCUGAAAUACAUCUUUUGACGAAACCACCAGUCGUCUAGGGAUACACUGUCAUCAGGCGUCAACGCGUGGCUACCGCUGUCAACGUGCCACGGACGGGCGAGGAUGUUGACGGGACGCGGCACGCACGCGAGGCUGCCGCAGAGGCUGUAGUGGAAGAGUCGCUGCCACGCACAGAGGAAAAGACUCGCCGCUGAAGAUGCGGUUGUUCCGUCGCCGCCACAGUGACCCGCGCAUCAUCACAGUCCAGGCUAAAGAUGGAGUCGUGGGAGUCGCUGGGCCCAAGGGCGGCGGUGCCACGCCCCGUGGCGCAGUUCCCGGGGAGAAGACGCGGACCACACCCGCCCCGCCGUCAACCUCCAGCAAGGAGAAGACGAGAGGUGACUCCAAGAAGGGUAAGGCGGGGACGCCGAUAUACCAAACAGUGACAGCCGUCCCCGCCAGGGUACUGGAUCCCCCGGGUGCCCCGCCCCCCUCCACCCCGAGCACCGCACCCACCAACACCCCCUCCACCUCCACCACCACCACGCCCAAGACGCCGAAGAGAGGUCUGGCCACGUGGGGACGGCGCGUGGGGAAAAAACUGGAGCAGUUGACGCGGUCGCCGAGCAAGGAGAAGGUGGCGUUCGGGAGGUUCUCACGCUCAAACUCCACCAGGUCCAUGACGCUCUCAACACCCUCCCCGACGUCCCCUUCGUCAGGGCUGGGCUGGGGCGGCCGUUCAGUCCCAGGAACACCCUCGCCAGAGAACCGGAGUGGCGAUGGGCGUCACCUGUACCGUUCGUGCUCCGCCUCGCAGCUCGGCACCUACCUGGCUGCCGAGGACCCCGCCGCCUGCCUCGACCUGACCCGCGAGGCCUCCACCACCAUCACCUCCGUCACCUCCACGCCCACCACCACGCCCAACACCACCACCUCAACCUACCUCCCCACCAAGACGGUCAGCUGUGAAAAUAUAUCCUCGCUUGGGGGGUCAAAACCAUCUUUCCCUCAUGCCUUCCUGCGCUCUCGUCCCCCCGCCCCACCCGAACAGCCCCAGUCACGUGACCCUACGCCCUCAGCUUCCACGGAUACCCCUUCCCGCUCCCCCUGCCGGCGGGUCACCACACUCCGCGACUCCGUGUGUGAUGAAGACACGAGGGAGCUCAUAAGACAAAAGCUCCGAGCGGUGUCUGAGGAGAACUGUGCAGCGGGCCCCGCCCACCGAGGGAUGAGCGCUCUUCAGUUCCGGUUACACCCAAAUCCGGCACCGCUGCAGCCCCGGGCGCGAUCCUUCUCGGCGACGGCCAUCACGGAACCGGACAUCAUCAUCUGUCCUGUCCGGGAGAGUGCCCGGCCGCAGCGGUCCAGCAGGUAUCGCAGCCAUGGCGAGCACAGGUCAGCGGCGGCGUACACGAGCAGCAACGAGAGUGGCUAUGAGAGCGACGGAGGAGGAGGAAGAGGCGGCGGCGGUGCUGGGGCCGGCGCGAGACACCACGAGUCACCGAAACCCCGCAUGAAAAAAGUUGAAAGUGACGCAGACUCCGGCGUGAGCACCGAAAGUCACUCGGAGACCAACUCAGACUCAGGAUCACUGACGGGCACGGAGCACCCCGCCUACGACCACUACGGCAAGCUGGACGAGUACCCGAAAUCGGGACGGCAGCUUCCCCUCAAGGGCGAUGUUUACUCCGACAUCGAAAAAUACACCAAACCCGACAACUAUCCCAACCUCGACGUCUACUCCAAGCCCGACACUUACUCCAGCAUCGAGAAAUACUCCAAGCCUGACUAUCCUAACAUGAGCGCGUACGCCCGUCUGGAGAACAUUCCUAAGAGGGAAAUGAAUGCGAAGUACGACAGUUACCAAGAGGGAAGCAAGACAGAAAAAUGUGAGGAGGAUCGUGUGGACUCAAGCCGCUCUAAGUACGGCCGGCAGCACAGCGACCCUCCGAGCACCCCGACCACCCACAACUUGACGGACGAGGAAAAGCUGGUCCCAGGGCGUCCCCGAGGCCCCCGACGGCUGUCCGACCCACAAGAUCUCGUCAGUCGUCGACAAAGGUUCCUCGCCUCGCAGUUGGAGCGGCGCACCUCGCCCCUCAGCCCCCUGCGCGGCGCCCUCAGUAUAUUCCGUGAGACAGAGGACGGGGAGGCGCGGCGGGCGUGGUGGGGGGGAGGCACACCCCUUCGAGGACACCUGAGAGGAGAAUCUGUGACCCAGCCUGUUGGGGACCCUUACCAGUCACCGCCACUCUCCCUGCCCGCCACGCUGGGCCAGACCGCCACGCCGCGCACCUUCCGCCUCAUGCGCCUCGUGAAGGACCACACGGGCGAACUGGGCAUUUACAUCACCGCCAGGAGGAACUCUCGCGGCGCCACCACCGGCUACGUCAUCGCGCACAUCGAAAAGGACGGCCUCACAGACAGGGACGGCCGCUUCCGUGUUGGCGACGAGAUCAUCAACGUAAACGGCCGGCGGCUCCGCGGGGUGACGCUGGACGAGGCUCGCCACGUCCUGCGCAGCACGCCCAAGGAGGUGGACAUCGUCAUCGCCAGAGACGUGGACGUGCAGCAUCACCGCGAGUACGACCACUCCUACCCCGGCCACGAGCACGGGGCGCCGGAGGUGGAAGCGGCGCGCAGACUGGGCGAGGCAUGCGGGGAGCUGUGGGCCGCCGACAGCACCUUCAGGAACGAUAUGCUCACCGGAGAGGAAGACCUUGGAGUGAGGAGGGAGUCACUAGGAAGGUACUCCAACAGAAGUCUUCCUCGUCGACGGGGCUCGUACUCAGAAUAUGACGACUACUCGGAGUACACGACGCUGGCCCCGUUCGAGUCCUACCUCCCGGGUUACGACCCCUCUCGGGCGUCCGUGUCCGUCACCGGCCCCGUGUCAGUCAAGGUGCCAGUGCCGGGAAGUCCCGCGUCUUUGCCCUCCACGCUGACCGUCACCUCCACGUCCACCUCCAUCAGGCACGGAGAGCUCGCAUCUGGUGUCUUCUCCUCUCCGGCUCAUCAUGACAAUUACCUCGACCCAAGGAUGAGUAGUAACCUGCCUCGCUACAUCAACGGGGAGGCGAGGUAUUCCUCCUCCCACGACGUGCGUCACCCCGCCGACGUGAGGUACGCCUCCGCCACCGAUGUGCGGGAAUGCGGAGACUCCACCUUCCUGGCUGACAUCUACAAGUCAAAGCUCAUUCACAUCGAGCCCGAGGACUCCCACGAACGAGAAGGCAAGAACUCCAGCCUCAUCCCCAGGCUCGCGUCAACACCGCAGAAACAGUUGCUCGUUGAGACUCUGUCGACUCCCGCUGCCCCCAGCAGGAGAUCUCCACACAGCUCUAGACGGCACGCGACGGCGGCCCAGAGGCUCUCGUGCCCCCCAGGUGCCGUGAAGCUCCCAUCGCCGUCACACUCCGAGCCGAGAGGACUCAGCUCGACGCUCCCGCGGCGGCCCAAGAGCCUCGCCAUGUCGGUGCAGACCGUGGCGUUCGAGAAGGGCCGCGGCAGGAAGUCCCUCGGGUUCUCCAUCGUGGGAGGACGAGACUCACCUAAGGGCAGCAUGGGAAUCUUCGUCAAGACAAUCUUCCCUAAUGGCCAGGCCGCCGAGGAGAACAAGCUGAGGAACGGUGACGAGAUCUUGGCGGUGAACGGACGGUCCCUCUCCGGCCUGAGUCACGCUGAGGCCAUCGCCGUGUUCCGCUCCAUCCGCGCAGGGAAGGUGAUCAUGCACGUGGGGCGCCGCACAACCUCCAGCAGCAGAUCUUCCAAAUCCAAAUCCUGCGAUGAGUUGGAUAAGAUGGAGUAGAGUGUCUCCAUCACCACACCCCAUGCCGAGCCUCUGCCCUCACCUGCACACUGAGAGCGCCGCCUCCCUCCUGCUGGCCCUGCAAGAGAUAAUCACCGGGAUGAAAACCGAAAGAAAACGAGAGUCGAGGCGGAGCAGGAGGACGCAGGUGACACAACGAGCAGGGUGAGGCGAUGGAAGCUGGAAGAACGAGGACGGGCAAUGUCACUCAGGCGGAUAUAUUUGACUCUGGAAUGCCACUCAAACUUCACUUUUCUCACGGUUAUGAUAGUGACAAUAACACUGAUGUUCUGAGUGCUGCAUCGAAAAAGAAAAAGUGACGGUGAUAGCGGAAGUAAGACUAGCUAUUGACCCAAGAAAGUGCCUUCGAGUGAUGUGCCUUAACUAUGAGAAGCGAAGUUCACACAGACAAGUUAGCGGAGGAGAGUUGUUGCGUGCGUCGGGGUGUUGUUUGAAGCUUUACCAAAGGGCGGCCGUGCAAGGGGCGGCUGCUGGCGGCGUCCUUGAGUGAGGGGGCUGCGGCGACCGUGACCAAACCACGCACCUGCCAUCCAUCGAGAGGAUCCACAGGUGUUCUCGAGCGUUGGAUCUUACCUGUAUAGUGUUUGUGUGUGUGUGUGUGUGUGUGUGUGUGUGUGUGUGUGUGUGUGUGUGUGUGUGUGUGUGUGUGUGUGUGUGUGUGUGUGUGUGUGUGUGCGUGUGCGUGUGCGUGUGUGCAAAUUAAGGUCAGUUCUGUGUGCUUCCUUUCCCUUCUGUACACUUUCCUCACUGCAUGGUCGGUCUUGACAGUUGUAUAAUAUGAUGUGUAACCAAAAAAUCUGUAAAUGAUUCAUAUUUCUCUUAUUUUUCCUUCUCCUCCCACUCCUCCUCCUCCUCCUACCACUGCUAUUACUACUACUACUACUACUACUACUACUACUACUACUACUACAACUAACACUAUUUCUACUAAUACUAUGUCUUGAUAAUUUAUGUUAAGUAGCUAGUUAUCAUAGCACACUUGAAUAGGAGAUUAUAGAAUAUUGUUAGAUCACUUUUGUACAUACAUAAGUUUUUCAUACUGAAGAAGAUAAUGUUAGAGUAUUUUUUUUACCUGUGUGUUUCCUACUGAAGCUAAUUAAGUGUCAACGAGAGUUCUGGGAAGCUGUACACUCUCGCCUUCAAGAGUGACACGUAUAUAUCAUGUAUUUUCUUCAAGACACUUUCCCCUUUCUUGUUCCGCUGUUGGUUCUAGUCUUACUUUUUACCAUUUUUAUUACACAGAAUAUAAUUAUUUACAGUUGAAGAGCUG